CUGAGCCGCCCGAAGCCCCGCCCACCCGCUCGCUCGAGACUCACGGAGGGUUCCGCUGCUGUCGGACUCUAUCGCUUAACGUUUGCCAGACUUGGAUAAGAGUGGACGCAGGGGCUCGGGGCCGGUCAAGGGAUUCGCAACAUUAUUUCAAGCCUGUCGUCUGUGCAUCGCGGUCAUCUCGUACGUGACGCUUACUGCUGUGGACAUCUUCCCUUGCAUCAGGUGUAAAGAGCUGUUCGGGUUUCUUGCGGCAGGUGACCAACGCAGGCCUUAUGUUGAGCUGAGGCUGGACACUGGUGAUGUCACUGCAAACGAGGGAGCCGGAGGGGUCCGUGAAGGUGGAACAUUGGCAGCAGACGUUUUACGCCUCUGACUCGGGGAUACAGUCGGGAGCCACGACCAUCCGCGAUGAGGAGGAAUUGGAAUGCAGUAGCAGGAAGUACACAGUCACCUCCACCGCCGUGGAGAACGCCGCAGAUCUCGAGGCCCAGUACAGUCUGACUCGAGCCCAGAGAGUCCGUGCUGCGAUGUUUCCUGAGACGCUAGGGGAGGGAGAGACCGUCCUCACCAUGCAGAGCAACCCGGAUCAGCCCACCAACGUCCAGAGACUGGCCGAGCCCUCACAGCUCCUGAAAACAGCCAUCGUCCAUCUCAUCAAUUAUCAAGAUGAUGCUGAUCUGGCCACACGAGCCGUACCAGAGCUCACCAAACUCCUGGCCGAUGAGGACCAGGUGGUGGUAAACAAGGCUGCGCUCAUCGUAAACCAGCUUACGCGGAAGGAGGCGUCUCGUCGUGUUCUCAUGCAGUCUCCUCAGAUGAUCGCAGCUGUGGUGAGGGCCAUGCAGAACACAGGAGACCUGGAGACGGCCCGCUGCGCCGCCAGCGUCUUGCACAGCCUCUCCCAUCAGCGUGAGGGACUGCUGGCCAUCUUCAAAUCCGGCGGCAUUCCUGCGCUAGUGCGCAUGCUCAGUUCACCGAUGGAGUCCGUGCUGUUUUAUGCCAUCACCACAUUACACAACCUGUUACUGCAUCAAGAAGGAGCCAAGAUGGCCGUGCGUCUGGCCGAUGGUCUGCAGAGGAUGGUGCCCCUACUGAAAAAGAGCAAUCCAAAGUUUUUGGCCAUCACCACAGACUGCCUGCAGCUGCUUUCUUAUGGGAACCAGGAGAGCAAGUUGAUAAUCCUGGCAAACGGCGGACCAGAAAGUUUAGUGUUUAUUAUGAGAAACUACAACUAUGAAAAGCUUCUGUGGACCACCAGUAGAGUCCUGAAGGUUCUCUCUGUUUGUCCGAGCAACAAGCCGGCAAUCGUUGAAGCUGGAGGUAUGCAGGCCCUCGGCCAACAUCUCACGUGUUCAAGUCAACGGCUGACGCAGAACUGUCUGUGGACUCUACGAAAUCUUUCUGAUGCUGCAACCAAACAGGAAGGUCUCGAUGGUCUCCUGCAAAUUUUAGUGAGUCAGCUCGGCUCGGACGACGUGAACAUGCUCACCUGUGCUACGGGAAUCUUGUCCAACCUCACCUGCAACAACGCACGCAACAAAGCCCUGGUCGCUCAGAGCGGCGGGGUGGAGGCCCUCAUCCACGCUGUGCUUCGAGCAGGAGAGAAAGAAGACGUGGCCGAGCCCGCCGUGUGCGCCCUCCGUCAUCUCACGAGCCGCCAUGCCGAUGCCGAGCUGGCCCAGAACGCAGUGCGGCUGCACUACGGCAUCCCCGCCAUCUCCAAACUGUUGGGUCAGCCUCACUACUGGCCCGUGGUGAAGGCAACAGUGGGUUUGAUUCGCAACUUGGCCCUCUGUCCAGCCAAUCAGGUGCCUUUAAGAGAGGCUGGAACAAUCCCCCGAUUGGUCAACCUUCUACUGAAAGCCCAUCAGGAAACUCAAAGACACGGCUCAGGAACCCAGCAGACCUAUCAGGAUGGCGUGCGAAUGGAGGAGAUUGUUGAAGGAUGCACGGGCGCUUUGCACAUACUGGCCAGAGAUCCGAUGAACCGAGGGGAAAUUGCCAGCAUGCAGACUAUUCCUCUGUUUGUACAACUUCUGUACUCGUAUGUGGAGAACAUAAAGCGCGUCUCUGCUGGUGUGUUGUGUGAGCUUGCUCUGGAUAAACAGUCUGCCGAGAUGAUUGACGCGGAGGGCGCCUCCGCUCCUCUGAUGGAGCUCCUGCAUUCUCCCAAUGAGGGCAUCGCCACGUAUGCUGCAGCAGUACUGUUCCGUAUCUCUGAAGAUAAAAGUUCAGACUACAGAAAGCGAGUGUCCGUGGAGCUCACGCACUCUCUCUUCAAGCACGACCCUGCAGCCUGGGAAAUGGCACAUGCUGCUAUGCCCCUUGACCCUGGAUACAUACCAGAUGAGCUGGAUCCAGUAUACCAUCCCUAUGGUUACUCUGAUAUGCCCUUGGAUGGUCUCCCGCUGGACCCUGAGCUUCAUGAGCAAUACAUGGCAGAAAUGACCUAUGACCCUCGACAGGUGUACCCAAAUCCUCUAUAACAACACUGCCACCAGGUCGAAUGAAGCAGAAGAACGCGGUUUCUUCCCUGCAGCAGGUGUGAUCCAGGCCGUGAAAGUGUGCAGUGCUAAAACGAAAGAAGAAGAAAAUUCCUGACUUGCUUUGGUUCACCACUGGUUGUUGUGAUGUGAACUCUCAAGCACUGCCUAACUCAUUUCAGUAUCUUGUGCUACUAACAGAGUGACAGCCUAAAAGUGUUGGUGAUGCAAUGAGCAUGUGUUCAUAACAUGUACAUUUUGUACUUUAUAUUGUUUGUCCAAAGAUAGAAAACUAGACAUGUAGCAUAGCAGCAGCACAGCCACCACAGGGUUUAGAUUUUUGCUUCCUGUGAAUCUGUGGCUUUGAGGCGUUUCUAAUGAGUCGAACAAAUCAAAAUAACAAAAGCAACAUAAGAACAAUUACAACGACUAAAACUUGGCUAUGUUGUCAUAAUUGCUACUUAUUGCCUCAAUUCCUCAUUCUGUGGACGUGUCGGCACAUUUCAGUUGGUUAAAAAAACAACACCCAUAAAAGCUUACUUGCUUACAUUCUUGACAUAUUUUAUGAAAGAAACUGAUAUUCAGUUACAAGAAAGGGUGUAUGGUUUCAUGUAAUGCUGUUAUGAAAUACUGUCAAAGGAAUUGCAUAUAUUUACAUUUAUCCAUUUGGCAGACGCUUUUAUCCAAAGCGAUUUACAAGUAGAAGAGUAUAAACAUUCUGUCUACAGGCUUAAACAGUACCGUUUGUUUACAAGGCCAUGCUACUAAAAGGAUCAAAGCUUGAGUAAGCAAGGGAGACAUUUAUUUUUUUGAAUCAAGACAAAGAGAGUUAUUGAUAAGUCAAAUAAAUGCGGAACAGGGAUGUUUUGAGUUGUUAUCUUUUUAAGUUGUAAAGGAUGCAGCAGUUCGGGUGGAGGCUCGCAGUUCAUUCCACCACAAGGGAACGGAAUGAGUAAAGGUUCUUGCAAGCGAGUUGGUGCCUUGAUCAUUUGCAAGGGCUUGACUGCAUUGGACGGAAGUCCGGCCAGUAGAGAACUGCAGUUGUCCAGUCUUGACAUGACCCGAGCUUAGACUAGUAUCUGAGAGGCAUGCUCCGACAGAAACGGCCUGAUUUCCUGAUGUUAUAGGGCACAUACUUACAAGUUUGAGUGGUUGUUGAGGUGUGAGAGACGCAGUUUGUAGUAUUUGAAAAGGAUCCACAAUCAUUUUCACAACUAAUUUCACACAUUAUACAUGCAAAACAUUUGACUCCUAUUUAGUUGUUUUUUUGUCACUGCUACAACAUUAUAAAUGUAGUUUAGGAUUCACAGGUUUGUCUUUUGUAGAUAACUGUGUUAAAACAGUUUUUAUGUUUUUUUAUAUAAAUCUAUACAUUUAUCUUUCACCUUCAGUUCCAGUAGCACAAUGACAUUAACCAAAAUUAUGUUUUUGCUUUCGUACAAUAAGUAUUCAGAUUUGUUGUUUUCAUUUUGUAUGAAACGUUAGAACAUACUGUUCAUCACGGCAGAAUGAAAAUUAGGUUUAUUUUAUAUAUAAGUGCUAUUAACAUUGUAGAGAUUCUUUAAAUGGCCCCUACACAAGAACAAAAUGAUCCUGUUAAUGCCUCUUUAUACGACAUCCUAAAACUAUAAAUAUUUUUUUACUCAGAAAUUGUUUUUCAUCAUUGUACAUACUUCGACAUGCGUGCUAUUAUCCAUUUUUAAUGACAUGAAAUAUGUGGUCAGAAGAUGAUGAGUGUUUAUAGAUCUUGUACAGUAGGCCCACAGUGUCGAAUAUUGGCACACUUGUUAAAUAUGAGCAAAGAAGGCAGUAGAAAUAUAUCUGCAUUGUUUUUCCUUUUGAUCUCUAUAAAAACAAAUCUACAAAAUUCCAAUAUUUCAUUAAAGUAAAAACAUUUAAAGUGAUGGAAUAUUACAUUAUGAUUUUUUCACAAUAAUCGGCACUCUUGUAUUCAAACAUUUCUGCAACCCCCAUUUGCAUGAAAAACAGCUCUUCAGUCAUUUCUUUUAUGUCUGACGAGGUUUGAGAAUAUAUGGCAUGUCAUCCAAGUCCCUUCCUUCUUAAGAUCCUUUAAAUGUUGGUGCUCUCUUGUCUUCAGUUCAUCCCACUCAUUUUCUAUAGGGUUCAGAUCAGGGAACUGGGAUGGCUAUGGCGGGAUCUUGGUAUUGCUUUCAGUUACACAUUUUGGGUUGAUUUUGAUGUUUAAUUUGAACCAAUGUGCUAAUGGAAGAUCUAACCACGACCCUUUAUAAUAUCUCUAGCAGAGCAAGUCAGAUUUUUUUAUUUAUUUGUUGGUAAUUGAUAAAAAGCAUGAUGCCAUGCAUCUGAACAAGAUGUCCAGAAACUCUGUAAUGAAUGUUACAGAAUUCCCUCCACUUCAAAUUUUUUACUUAAUUAAAUGAUGGAAUAUUGUAGAUUUUUUAUAAAAGAUCAAAAGGGAUUUUACAGCCUUCUUUUCCAGAUUUUUACAAUGGGUGCCAAUAUAAGUGGAGGGCACUGUAUAUGCAUUUGCAGAACUGUGGUAAAGUAUGGUUGCUGGUUGAUGAAAUUACAAUAAUUAUUUAGCAGCUGCAGUGUUAUAAUUCACGUAAACAUUAAUCUCCGACCUUUAAAUAACUCUUUAAAUUCAUAUGCAUACAAAUGUUGAACAGCACAAGAAAAAUAUUGGACUUCCAGACGAAGCACUUUCAUAUAUCAGUUUUUUUUUCAAGUAUAGAGAACAAUGAGUGUGAUUCAUGCAACGUUUAAUUUGUCCAUCUGAAAUAUAAUGAAAGAAACUUGUUCCUCUGAUGUUUCUGUAACUGUUUCCCCAUUCUAUUCUAACCUGAGAAACAUGAUUCGGGUAACCUUGCCCUGUGUCAUGAGAUUACACAAAGCUGUGCAUUUUGACAUGGAGUGAUUUGUGAGGUUUCAGUGUUACUCAAUGCAGUUAUCAAAUCAAUAUUUCCACCUGCGAGAAACAAAAUGCACGGGAUGUACAAGAAAUUAUAAUAAUAUGCGGUUGAAUUUUUUCCAAAUAAAUAAACCCAAGUAAAUUA